CAUGCUACGCCUUACAAUUCUUUGUGCAUUCCUCAGCACUGCAUUCGGUGCUUACAUGUCCACCGAAUUAGAUGGACGUAUUGUUGGUGGAGCUGCCACUACUAUCGAAGAGCAUCCUUAUCAAGUAUCGAUCUCUACGAGGUUGGGCGGCCACUUUUGUGGCGGGAGCUUGAUAGCGGCUAAUAUUGUUGUCACUGCCGCACAUUGCUUGCAGAGCUUCAAAGCCUCUAGUAUACGCAUACGCGCCGGUUCGACCAACAAUAAACGAGGUGGUCAAGUUAUAAAUGUUUCGGCUGCUAAAUAUCAUCCAGCAUAUAAUUUCAGUACAAUUGAAAAUGAUGUGGGCAUUCUGAAAUUAGCCGCUCCAAUACAGGAAUCAGAGAGUGUUGGUUAUAUAGAGUUGGCUGAGACGACACCGCCCACCGGCACGUCAGCUGUAGUUACGGGUUGGGGUACCAAAUGUAAUAGCUUCUGCUUGAUACCGCCCACCGCUUUGCAGGCCGUCGAGCUGGAGAUUGUGCAGCGUGAAGAUUGCGCUUCAAACGCCUACAAGUAUGGUGACGUAAUAAAGGAAAGUAUGGUGUGUGCAUAUGCAUUGAAAAAAGACUCAUGCCAGGGUGAUUCGGGUGGUCCCUUAGUUGCGAAUGGUAAACUUGUUGGUAUUGUAUCCUGGGGUUAUGCGUGCGCUAAAAAAGGUUAUCCGGGUGUUUAUAGCAACGUUGCUACACUUCGUAAUUGGAUAUUGAAUGCAAUUACAGAAAUUUGAGAGUGUUUUAAGGAAGCGAUAAAUAACAUAAAUAAGCGGAAUAAAAUACAUUGUCGCCAAUAGCAUUUGCUUAUGACUUUAUUAA